UGACUUCAUGGGGGAUGAAUAUGAGUCAUUGUGGGUAAGAAGUGCCCAAAAUGGAAAGAUAAUUGAAAAGUUUUUAGAUUUGGGUACUGCUGAAUCUGCAGGAUCUCAGGACAUAUUUAAUUACAUGAAAGCUGUUUGCUUUGAAAAUUCAGAGGACAAUACCAACCAACUGUGGAGUAAACUUAUUGGCUUUUGCUCAGACGGUGCAUCAAACAUGCAAGGUAUAAGAAAUGGUGUGGCUGCUUUGAUGAAAAGAGAAAACCCAGAAAUAGUUGUUACUCAUUGCUUGGCUUACAGAGUUGAGUUAAGCUUUAAGGAUGCUAUUAAGUCAUCUAAAUUGUAUGAUAAAACCAUAACUCUUCUUCUUGGUCUUUACUACUUGUACCGCAGAGGUCCCAAACAGAGAAGAAAGCCUUAA